AUGGUGGCCGCGCUGCUGCCCGAGCAACCUAGCUCGGUGUCACCUGCCCGUGCCUGGACGAACCCCAGAGAUCAAGGGCCAGAGAGGAGACCGGCUUCAUCCCCUCUUCAGCCCACCGGGCUUUCCGGCGAGGGCCGGCUCUCGCCCGGCGGCCCCCGGGGAAGGGCUCCCGGGGCAGCUCCAGCUCCCCGCGGAGGAAGGGGUGGCGGGGGAGAGCCUUUGCGCCUCCAUAAAUCGCGUGAGAAGCGGCUACAAGCUUCGAUAAGGGCUCUUGGCAGCUCCUGCGGCUGUGUGCGUUUUGGUUGGCCCAAGUUGCGUGAGCAGCAGGGUGAGGAAUUGAAAGUUCAGCCUCGAAAAAAACAAACAAGGAGCCCUUUUUCACACUUCAAAAUACCCCACCAGCCUUCUCCCUCUCAUUCUGCCAAGCAACCUGAGGUCGCCUUGCAGAAACAGAGAAGGAAAGCAGGCCACUGCCACAUUUUUCAGAAAAUGUUUUUUACUGAAGUAAUACAGCUGUACAAGGAACAUUUGAAUAUGCAUCACAGCAACUAA